AAACACACACUUCACCUGGCAUUUAAACACUCACACACACACACACACACACACACAUCCUCGUGCGGAGAGCUGAAACUCAGCUCAGUCCCAGUCCUCUGCUGCUUGAGCGAGGAGUCUGCUGGUGAUCGGACUGUCGCCUGAAGCGAAGGAGGCCAGGCCGGCGUUGAUUCAAUUUUACAGCCCAGUCACUCCUUCUGAAGCUCCGAUUAGUCAGCCGUGGGAGACGAGGGGCAGAGGAGCUGAAGAAGAAGAGGAAUAGUGAUGGCUAUGGCCGACAUUGCGGAGGAUGACCUGGAUGAGGUGAUGCGCGAUGAAGCGGAGGAUGUCUUCUUGCAGGACGGAGUGUCGUCCCACGUCCCAGAGAUCAUGGCGGCCGGCACCCACUCCCCUGGAGGGCCCAAUGGUAUAAUCCGGAGUCAGUCCUUCGCCGGGUUUAGCACGCUACAGGAACGACGCUCUCGGUGUAACUCUUUCAUGGGGAACUCGGCAGUGCAGAAGAAGCCUCAGUCCAAGCCAAAGAAGACCCACCUGUCAGGACACAAGGGAGGCAGCAGCUCCAGGGAGCCGCAGCCCAAAAGACUGGAGGAAGUUUACAACGCACUCAAACAAGGCCUGGAUGAGUAUCUUGAAGUUCAUCAAACAGAGCUGGACAAACUCAUGUGUUUGAUGAAGGACAUGAAGAGGAACUCUCGCCUGGGAGUGCUCUACGAUCUUGACAAGCAAAUCAAAACCAUCGAAAGGUACAUGAGACGCCUGGAGUUUCACAUGAGCAAGGUGGAUGAGCUGUACGAGGCCUUCUGCAUUCAGAGCCGUCUGAGGGACGGAGCCAGCCGGAUGAAGCAGGCCUUCUCCGCCUCCCCCUCCACUAAAGGCACCAAGGAGAGCAUCGCAGAGGUCAACCGCCGCUAUAAGGAGUACACUGAGAACAUGAGCACGUUUGAGAGCGAACUGGAGAACCUGCUCGGGGAGUUUCAUAUCAAAAUGAAAGGUUUGGCAGGCUUUGCGAGGCUCUGUCCUGGAGACCAGUAUGAGAUCUUCAUGCGGUACGGUCGCCAGCGCUGGAAGUUGAAGGGAAGAAUAGAAGUGAACUCCAGACAGAGUUGGGAUGGAGACGAUAUGCUCUUCAUGCCUCUCAUCACUGACCUCAUCAACAUCAAGGUGACGGAGCUGAAGGGCCUCGCCUCUCACAUGCUGGUGGGCAGCGUGAUCUGUGAGACCAAGGAGCUGUUUACUGCCAUGCCUCAGGUGGUGGCUGUGGACAUAAACGACCUGGGGACCAUCAAACUCAACCUGGAGGUCACGUGGUACCCCUUCGAUGUCGAGGACCUGACUUUGUCGUCUAGUAACGUGAGUAAGGCCACAGCACUCCAGAGACGAGUAUCCGUUUACAGCCAGGGCACGCCGGAGACCCCCACUUUCCAGGACACCUCCUUCUUUAAGUGGCGGCCAUAUCCCGUGGAGCGCCAGCGCCUCUCCUUCCUGCACAUGCUCCGAGACACCCUGCUAGAGAAGUUAAGGCGCAGUCGCUCGUUUGGUGACCUGGCCUCACUGCGGCCAAGGCCCAAAUCCAGUCUGGAGGUCUAUUCAACUUUACCAGAUGAUGUCUUUGAGAACGGGGGCUGCGGUGUGGCCGAGUGUAAGCGUCUCUCCUUCACCUUUUCGGACACCUCUGGUUCCACGCCCAGCCCUGCACCAAGCUCCCACUCCCCAGGCCAGUCCAACCCUGAGAUCACAGUCACCCCUCCAGAAAUGGACCUGUCACCUACACAAAUCCUCCCUACAAGGGAGGACUCCAUUGCUGAGGAGCAUAUAGUGGAGGAAGAAGAAGAAGAGGAGGAGGAGGAGUACGAAGAAGACCUGGAAACGGGUAGUAGAGGAAGUAGGGGCACCAAUGCCAGCCUCGCUAGUGAUGAGGCCGAAGUGGCAGAGGACUCUGAGUGGGAGCGCACAGAGUCACAGCGAAAUUCUGGCUCCAACUGUGGUUCAGUUGCCACGUCCCUCUGCUCUGACGGCCACCUGUCUACGGUGGCUCCAGAGGAUGUUUUCCUAGACCACACUGACGAACUGAAACCUGUGGAGCUGGACACAGAGGAAGCGGGCAGCCUGACCAGGCAGCUCGUGAAGAGGCUGACUUCUUCGGAUAUUGCGGCGACAAGUGGGAGCUCAACGGAUGGAGGAGGAAGUCUGAGCUGGGCGGGAGAGGGGAGCAGGGCUUUCCUUGAGAGCAGCCUGGAGGAGGCCAUCCACAGCCUGCUGAUGAGGCUUGAGUCUCUGAACCACCGCUGUCGAGAAUUGCAGGACCUGGAGCAGGAAGUGAUGCGUCUGGAGGACCUGCUCAAGUGCCGUCUCCCUGGUCACAGGAGCCGGUCAUCCAGCCUCAGUCUGACAGUAGAGAGUGCCCUGGAGAGUUUUGACUUCCUCAACACCUCUGACUUUGAUGACGAGGAUACUGGAGACGAUAACGCCGUCCUCAGUACCCCCCCACAGAGGUCUCCACUUUUCGAUACAGACGGAGAAAGGAUCGGUAGACAGCACCCAGAAGCCAGAGGACACCUGAGUGAAGCCCUGACAGAGGACACCGGCGUGGGCAACAGUGUGGCAGGAAGCCCUGUGCCGCUCACCACUGGAAACGAGAACCUGGACGUUGCUAUCGUCAUCCACCUGCAGUACUGUAAUCACCUCAUACAGUUGUUGACCAGCGGGAUAGGUGUGUGGCAGCGACGCAGUCUUCUCCUCAAACUCUCCGGACAGACUCAGCUGUUAGAAGAGUUAGCAGAGCUCAGUGUUGACAAACUGGGAGCAAUUACAUCUGCUGCAGAUGUCCUCCCGGGCCUCGCAGAGCGCCCACAGCUGAUGACUUUGUGGUCAGAGUGCAGCGGUUCGUCAGGACUUUUCCACACCACACUGGACAGAGUGUUCAAACACAUGAACCAGCGCUACACAGCAGUACUGCAGGAGAGACACCCACACAGCGCUGACACAGUGAUUGGCGUCGUAGUGAGCGAGAUGGUGGACAGGAGCGAUCUGCAGGCGGCACACAGUCCUACUGCCACUGAGCUCUCCCAGGACGUCCUGACAGUGUUUCAGUUCCACAGCUACAUCUUACAACAUGAAGUGUUGGACAUGGAGACACACCUCCUGCAUCUGGCCAGAGAAGAGAUGUUUGCAGAGGCACUGUGCAGUCAGGAUUAUUCUCGGUGUCUAGCAGAGCUGGAGGAGGUGCCUGUGUCAUCCUUGUGGCCUAGAAACAGCACCCUGAGGGCCCUGGCCUCCCUGCUCACUGCAGAAGACCCUCAGGUCAACAAGGCAGCAGCCGACUACCUCUCUUCUGCAUCGCAAAGCCACUUCAGGAUCAGAGCACUGGAGUGCUACACCCACGCACUGUCAGAGGCUGGAGUUCAGAGCCAGAGGGCGGCCUGUUCAGCUCUCAGCUGUCUGCAGGCAGUAGAGAGCAUCAAGGCUGUGGUAGCACUGUGUGAUUCAGCUGAUGAAGAGCUUCGCCAUGUUGCCAUAGAAACCCUGCUCACAUUUGGUGAGGAGGGGCGACUGGUGUACGAGCAGCUGGACAUGGUACCCGGGGAAAUCGUCCGCCUUGGCACACGGCGGGGAAACGCUGUCACAACUGCCUUCUGAGCCAUCGCCAUCCAAAACAUCACAAAUUACAUUUAAACCCCACCUACGAGGACAGAACUGCCCCCUCCCUCAGCUACACCUCACAGGGCUGUUAAUGACUGAUAACUUUAUUGAUCUGCUUUUCUGCACAGACUUAUGGAUCUCUGCACCGCCACAUACGAUCACUGUUCUUACUGACACUGCCUCCACAUAGGAACUAACAAAAAAACAAACUGUAUCAACCACAGAGGACACACAACCUUUACCCCUCCUGUACACACACAUUUAAACUCCUCGCUUUUCGAUCACUCUCACUUUCAGAUAUCCCUACACUUCCCCCCCUUCCUCUCCCUGCUUUCUGAGCCAGGCAGACCGGACACUUUUUAACUGGAGAGCAUACAUUUUUAUGGACACAAAGCCGCUGAAAGCUGCUCCAAAGACUGUGGAAACUAGAAUGCUUCUUCACCUUUCACAUAACCUCAUUCAACAAGCCACCGCACCCAACACUUAUAUCAUUUACUCAUUAUUAAUCAUCACCUUGAUUGUUACAAAGUCAGAUGUGUCAGGCAAUAUACUAUCUAUGAUCUUUGUAUAAUCACUGUCUAUCAUUAGAAAUGUUUUCUGGCGCUUUUGAAAGAUUUGCACUGUUGUGAGGCAUGUAAAUAUGGCAUAUUUUACACAGCUGGUGUAAUAUAUGUGCUUGUAUUCAAAAUAUAUUUUUAAGUUGUUUUCUAGUACGUUCCAUUUUGAGUUUCAGGGAUUCUUGUUCAACUGAAAGAUGUGUGGCAGGGAGGACCAAUAUUAUGUUGAGAAUGUCUUUCUAAGAGGAAGUGAUGUUUUAUUUUAAAAGCCCUGCUUUAACAGCAGUUGUACAGUCUUGAGCAGAUUUUGGCCUCAGCUGUCUAUCAUUUGGAGGAAAAGGAAAACCUGAAGGGUAGAGCUGAAACAGGUCAGCACGGUGCACACUUUUCACUCGGCAGUUUAUAUCAGAUUUUUCUCUUACUUGCAGUUGAACAAGUGCAAUUUUUCUGUACAUACCUGACCCUUUUGCACCUAGAUGACAUUUGAAAUGGUCACGCAGGCAGGUUUCCACAAAUACAGUCUUGUUAAUAUAUUUUUUCUAACAGGUACAGAGCAAGCCCAGGGUAAUAGAUGUGGUUAAGGUUCGUGAUCCAAUAACUUUACAUAGCAAAGAAUACUUUAGACUGAGUAAAAGCCUCAUUUUGGCUAACUGCACAUUAAUACAGUAUGUGAGCUAAUGGCAGAAUUAGAAAUUUAGGUUUUCGUAUGAUAAGCUGCAGAAUGAGUUUUUUCUGUUUUGGGUCUGUUUUUUUUUUCCCUCCAUCCUAACUGCAAUGUGGGAAAACGGACCCAACAUAUGCGCCUAACUCCAACUUUUGUUAUUGUUACUGUACUACUGAGUCUUGUGCCAGUGCACAAUGACAAAACUCACAUUUGUUCACACAUCUUAUUUAUUAUUUACGUGUAAUUCUAAUAUUUUUUGGAGUUAUAAUGUAAUAGUGCAGGUGACAUGUAAAUGAAAUGUAUAUUUAUGUUCUAUUUUGGAUCAGGUCUACUAUUUGAAAUAUUGUUUAUCGUUUAAAAAGACGUUCAUGAUAUUAUAAUGCAAAUGAUCUCAUGCUUAAUUUUAAUUGGAGUUUAUUUUGAAGGAAUUAUAUUAGAUUAACUAUUAUUUUGGGGAAGAUUACAAUAUCAUCAGAUUAUUAGGAAUCUUAGAUUUGUUUUUCCUAAAAGGUAUUGAACAUAAUGGGACAUUAUAUAUUAGAAAUGUUACUUUAUUACUUAGAAGAUUUACUGUAACCAAAGGCUGAAUUCAUUUUUAAAUUUUAAUAAGAGCUAAUAAUCCAUAAUGGAGAAUGUAUUUUCAAAACAACAUUUGCAUUUUGGCCAGAAUACUGAGACGUAUAUUUCAAAGCACACAAUAGGACAAACCCAUAAUAUAUGAAUCUUGUUAUUUGGUUCUAACUGCACAGUCUAAAAGCCAUAUUGAUUAAAGUGGUAAUAUUUUUAUGAAAUUCAAAUUUUCUUUUGUAAUAUCUUUAAAUGUGUGAAGUUCUUACUAAAAGCUGAAGAUAGUUCAGUUUUGGUUUUUUCUAAACAACCUUUUACAAAACAUGGUCCAAAUUUUAAGUAACAGUUACUUGUAUUUCUUCCAUGAUGUGAAUAGUAUUAUAGUAUUUUGGUAAAGUAUCUAAUUCAUCCACUCAUUUAGUGUAUUUUUUUCUUUGAGUGAGCUACUUUUGUUUAACAAACUUGCAGUUUAGCAGUGUUAAGUCAAGUUUAUUCAUUGGCUGUUCAAUUCCUAAUCACCACAAAGUACAAGUUGUCAAAUUGUGCACAUCUUAUCUCAUAUUUAGGGAGUAUUUUUAAGAAUAACUUGGUACACUUCAUUGAAAUUGAUCUGUAUCCAUCUUUGUGGUCAAUAGCUUCUGUAUUGGUCUAUUUAGUUGCAUACUACACUUCUUCAUUGUGGUUGGCAGCAUUUCCUUUGCUCAUCAAAAGAUGCAAUAAAGUUUAUUUUUGCAUAAUUAAAACCACAAAAUUAUGGAUUUUUAAAAUAACUGAAAGUGGAAAAUAUUGGUCACAAUGUUUGUCAUUUUUGUUAGCUUUGAAUUUGUGUUUUACAAUUACAUUUAUUUGUUCAGGAGUCAUAAGUGGAAUACAUGCAAUAUAUAGUCAGGUCCAUAAAUAUUUGGACAUUAACACAAUUUUCAUAAUUUUGGCUCUGUACACAACCACAAUGGAUUUGAA